CCCCGUGCGCCGUACGUCCCUCUCCUCCUGCCGCCAUGUCUGCCCCUCCAAGGACAGAUCUCAUCCAGAAUGCAGUCUCUUUCUUGGCCGACCCGAAGACACAGAGCUCGUCCUUGACGCAGCGCAUACAAUUCCUGGAGGCGAAGGGACUGACUCCGGCCGAGAUUGACAUUGCUAUGCGUCAAGCGAACUCGACUGCUGCUGGCCCCUCAUACCAACCUUCCUUUGUGCCCGCCGGAUUCGGCGCAUAUCCCCCGCCACGACAAUGGGACUGGAGGGACUACUUUAUUACUGCAGUAGCCUCUGGUACCGUCAUGUACGGUGCUAUCUCAUUAUUCAAGAAAUACGUCUCCCCUCACCUGCAACCUCCUGACAACACCGCAUACGAAGAGGACAAGGAUGCUUUGACUGCGCAAUUUGAUGCUGCAGAGGCGCUCUUAAAAGAGAUUCAAGCGGAAACUGCCGCUGUGCGCCAGGCGGUCGACGAGCAGAAGGAGAAGGUGGACAGAACAACGCAAGAGGUCGACGCUGCAGUCAAGGACAUGCGCGCAGCUGAACAACGGAAUCGCGACGAGAUGCGCGAAGUACGGGACGAAAUCAGCACGAUACGCGACAUGCUACCGAAGAUGAUUGAGAAGAACAAGGAGAGCCAGAACGCGUCGCUGGCCGAGUUGCAGCAGGAGUUGAAGUCUCUGAAGGCCUUAUUGAUGAGCCGAGGACCGACUAUACCGAGCGCAGCGCCGUCCCCUCUCCCUGCGCUAGGAAGGCCGUCUAUACCCGCCUGGCAGCUAGGGCCAUCGGCAUCGUUUUCCCCUGCGUCCUCGACCCCUCCAUUGCCAAAUGGAAAGGGGAAAGAGCCAGAGGGUGCUUCGUCUUCGGAGUCAACGUAGUCUAACUUGCGUUGUGGUCACUAUCUGUAUACUUGCGCUCCACGUGUACUUCUUGCAUAUCUGGCAUGGAACACAUUCUCACAA